CAGUGCAACCACUCGUUGCGUAGAGACUGCCGCCGUCUCCAAGCUCGUUUCUAUGAACCUCCUUUAAACAUGGCGCCAGUAUUUAGCUGUGCUGUCGUCGAUGUGGACGAAAAAAUGGUGUAUUAUUGCAUAAACUAGCGGUUAGUUUUUACCGAAUAAUGUAAAUAUUUGCCGUAUUUAUUGUUUUCUGUUUUCCUGGACUCUGCACCCAGCUUGCCUGACAGCAGCAUCAGUUUCUACUGGCUGGGACAAUCUUCGAAAUCUCACCUGCUCUGUAUGACGAAAACGCUUCUGGUAAUGAGCAUCCGGAACACGAACGCUUAUUAACGAUAUCUACAGUGGCCAGUGAAGUGUAAGACUGAAGGUGUGUGUUAUCGACAGGACGAGGAUUAUGCGCAACUCGCACAUUUACUUCGUUGAAAAGCAUGUCCCACGAGAUCGCAACUCAAGCAAGACAUGCGAUUGAAGAGAAUCAACUAAAUAUGAAUGAAAGAAAUGUGUCGGUUUCUACAGAAGAAAGGGAGAGAGAGAGGCUUCCUCCAAUUCUCAAUCAGCCACCAUCUGGAUUGGACCGUGGUGCGAAGCAGCACUUUCCCUCCUUCAGCAGUUUCAUCUCCACCGUGAACUCAAAACGAGCGUCCGAGGGACCGGGCUUCUCUACGCAGUGCCUGCUUCCGGCUGUAAGACAUGUGAGGGAUCUGCCCCCCAUCUGUGCUGAUGCCCGGCAGAAGCAGCGUAUAUCCAUCCACACCCUCCCCCCGGAGGUGAAGGCUCCCUUCCCCACUGACCCCGUGAUCCCCCUGCGCACCAAAACCGUCAAAGAGUUUCAGGAGGACAUUGAAAACGCAAUGGCUUCAGGUCAUUGGAAAGCCGUCCAUGAAUUCUACCUGACCACGUUUGACUCCUUUCUGGAGUUGAAUGGCGCCUUCAAGAAAGAAGCAAAUGCACCAUUCAACACAAUCGAGGAUUCAGGAAUAAACACCAAAUUUGUCAAUGCUGUCUAUGAUGCCUUACUCUAUACACCUCCAGACAUCCAGAAAUCAGUGCUGAGGGGAAUCAUUAACAGUUUAUUAAGGGAAUGGAAAGGACCUCGGACCAAAGAUGACCUGAGGGCAUAUUUUGUACUCGUUCAGAACCCUCAGUAUACGAGUACAGCCACUUACGUGAUCUUUGCGCACUUGCUGAGGCAAAUCGCAGGCCUGGCUGAAGCAGACCACCAUUUCCUGGUGCACUGGUUUAAAAAGCUGUCUCAGAGGAGGUUCAAGCAGCUGGUGGAGCGUCUGCUGCAGUUCAUCUCCACCCGCCUGUUCCCAGCCCGGCCCGAGGAGCUGCCCCCCAUGGCCAAGUGCUCCUGGUGGAUCCCCUCAGCCGCCCGAGUCCUCGCCCUCCUCAAUGCAGCCAACAGCCUUUCUACCCCGCCCAUCAUCUCUUUCACGGAUUUCUACAACCACACCCUGGACCACAUAGACAUCAUGGAAGACUAUCACACCUGGCAGACCCACGGAAAUUCAAACAGGUUCUCUUUCUGCCAGUUCCCCUUCAUCCUGUCGGCGGCGGUGAAGAAGGCCGUCAUCCAGAGGGACUCGGAGCAGCAAAUGAUCAGGAUGGCCAGGCAAAGCCUGGUGGACAAAGUGUCACGCAGACAAAGGGUGGACAUGAGCCUUCUGUUUCUCAACAUCAGAGUCCGGCGGCCGCAGCUGGUCAGUGACUCACUGGAUGAGCUCACAAGAAAGCGAGUGGACUUGAAAAAGAAGCUGAAAGUGACAUUUGUGGGGGAAGCUGGUUUAGACAUGGGCGGUCUCACAAAGGAGUGGUUUCUUCUCCUGAUUCGACAGAUUUUUCACACAGACUACGGCAUGUUUACAUACUUGAAGGAUUCCCACUGCCAUUGGUUCAGCAGCUGGAAGUGUGACAACUACUCCGAGUUCCGAUUGGUUGGAACCCUCAUGGGCCUUGCAGUGUACAACAGCAUCACACUGGACAUCCGCUUCCCUCCAUGCUGCUACAAGAAGCUGCUGUCCCCGCCCAUUGUGCCAUGUGACCAAAACACUCCUGUCGGCAUGGCGACCCUCACCUUGGAUGAUUUGCACCAAACCAUGCCGGAUCUUGCUCGUGGGCUUGGAGAACUUCUCAGCUAUGAGGGAAAUGUGGAAGAAGACUUCUGUUUAACUUUCCAGGUUUCCCAGGAAGAACUUGGGACCAUCAAGUCCUACAACCUCAAACCAGGAGGUGAUAAGAUCCAAGUCACCAAGCAGAACAGAAAGGAAUACGUCCAGCUGUACGUUGACUUCCUGCUGAAUAAAUCCAUUUACAAGCAGUUUGCUUCCUUCUACUAUGGGUUCCACAGCGUUUGUGCGUCAAAUGCACUGAUGCUGCUGAGGCCGGAGGAGGUGGAGAUCCUGGUGUGUGGCAGCCCAGAGCUGGACAUGGCGGCCCUGCAGAAGGCAGCUCAGUACGAGGGCUACAGCAAGACCGACCCCACCAUCCGCUGUUUCUGGGAUGUUGUUCUGGGCUUCCCCUUGGAGAUGCAGAAAAAGCUCCUCCAUUUCACCACGGGAAGUGACCGGGUCCCCGUGGGAGGGAUGGCCGACCUCAACUUCAAAAUCGCCAAGAUUGAUGUCUCCACCGAAUGGUUGCCUGUGUCUCACACGUGUUUCAACCAGAUAUGCCUGCCUCCGUACAAGAGCAAGAAGGAGCUGAAGCAGAAGUUAACUAUUGCCAUUUCAAAUGCUGAAGGAUUUGGUCUGGAGUGAGCUGACUGCAGAGGUUUUACCUGUAGUGUAAUUCUAGAUCCCCCCCCUUUCUGGUAUCGUAGAGAUUUCUGUCUUAUUGUAGUAUUAUUGAAGGCUACAUUGGGGUGCAGAGUGUUACUACGUUUUAAAAGUACAAAUAAAUAUGUCUGGUUUCCUGUGAAGGUUGUCCAGUUGUAACAAAUCGAUUUGAGACGUGUGGUGCUGCUGUCUUCCAUCCUUAAAGUCAGCAGACCCUAGAAUUGAAUUUUGCUGUUCUGUGACAAAAAGUGUUGAACAGGAACAAGAGUUUAUAUUUCAACUAUGACUCGGAAUCUGACAGUUUUAUGUUUAGGUAAGCAUAAGAAAAUUCCAGCAUAUCAGUAACAGUUGUAGCACAGUAUAGUGCCUUCUUUUUAUCUUUCCUUGGUGUUGACAGGAAUGUCAAGUAGACCUGUGGAAACAGAUGCCUGAAUGUAGGUAGAACUGGUUUGGAUCCGUAAUUAUACAAGUUGGCCAUAUGUCACAGUGUCAUAUGUCAAAAAUAUGACUGUCAAAAGGUGUGAAUGGUUAAAAUGUUUGUACCCAACUGUCCUGGAACAAGCAGUGCUGGUACUUGUCUGACGAGAUCUCUCAACGAUCUUGAGAAGAAAGUUCUAAAUUAUCCUAAUCAGUGCUUCAUUCUGUCUUCUGAUUUAGUCAGAAUAAGAAAUUAGACAAACGGCUUAUGCUGAGAUUUCAAGACUUUAAGUAUUUAUGGAACAUUUUCUCUCUUCUUAAUUGUGAUUCCUGAACCGUGUGUGUGUGACUCUUAAUGUUGUAGCCUUGGUGUUUUGUGUAAAAGCUGGAUGUAGAAUGUUUAUGAAGCAUUAAUUUAAGUUUCGCAUUUUGUCAUUACAGUCUAAUGUGAUGGUUAUCAGUGGUUCCAAGAUGCUGUAAAUCUGUCUGUGUUUGGUGACCUGACCUGACCCCUUCGUGUUUUCUCACCAUGUGGAAACAUCAGUGUUUAAAUGUACAUUUAAAACUGUCAGUGUUUAAAUGUAAACACGGGAAGUACUCUGAUUCAUAAAGCACACUGAUAAUGAGACCAAUCGUGCAGAUGCCAGCAGCUGGAUAUUUUUGCUACUUGGAUCGCUGACUCGCCCUUGUAAACACGACUGACGAGUCAUUGCUUGUUAAAGGAGUACAGGUUUGACUGUAAUUCAGAAAUUAUAUUUGGUUCAUCCACAACUGUGUGGUACUGUACACUUUUCAUACAGAACGUUCAGUUAUGUAGGCCAGACUGAAUUGGCAAUCACUCAUAUUUAAAGGCAGGGCAGCAACUGAGAGUGGUUUCGAACUGCAUUGUUUUAUAAUAUUUGUGGGUGAGGGAAUUCGAAUGCAAUGUCUUUAUUUAUUUUAAUUAAACAUGUUUUUGUCCCCA